CUCUCAAACAAUCGUCGUUGUAUAAUCUCAAAUCCUUGAUCUCAAUUCCUAUAAACCAUGGCAAAAUCCGGAAUCACGCCAACUCCGCAGCUGGGGGAGAAGCACAAUGGAAUUCCCGCCAGACUGUUUGACAAGGCGGGCCAUGCGAAAUCCUCCAUAUGGGACAUCGCCACGAAGCCCGAAGAAAAGAAAUUGAAGAAAAUCGCAAUUCCUCAGGGAAUUGAGGAGACAAAGUUCUUCGAAGCCCUUGAAGACUUGAAGAAUCAGCUGGGCCCGGAGAAUGUCGAGCUCGUAGAAAAAUUGGUGGAUGGAUGGUACAUGGAGAAUCCCAACACCCACGACGGCAUGCACAUUCUAGAUGACGAGGAGCUGGUUGCUUCAGCGGUCGUGUAUCCCGGUAGCACGGCAGAUGUGCAGAAGAUCGUACUUUGGGCGAACAAGUACCGGAUUCCCAUCUUCCCAAUAUCUAUUGGAAGGAACUUCGGCUAUGGUGGGGCCGCUCCUCGCGUACGCGGAUCCGUGGUGAUCGAUCUGGGCAGACGGAUGAACAAGGUCCUUGAUAUCAACCCGGAUGACUGUACCUGUCUGGUCGAACCGGGAGUCACGUUCUUUGCGCUCUACGAGGAAAUACAGCGGAGAGGUCACAAGCAUCUAUGGAUCGAUGUCCCCGACUUGGGCGGCGGUUCUGUUAUGGGCAAUACCCUAGACCGCGGUGUUGGCUACACUCCCUAUGGUGACCAUUGGACUUUCCAUUCCGGAUUGGAAGUGGUACUGCCCACAGGAGAGGUGAUCAGAACCGGAAUGGGUGCACUGCCAAACAACAACAGCUGGCAAAUAUUCCCGUAUGGUUUCGGGCCAUACUCCGAUGGCAUUUUCACACAAUCCAACUUCGGAAUAGUCACGAAGUUGGGAAUGGCAUUGAUGCCGGAUCCUGGCGGUUACGAGUCCUAUCUGUACACCUUCCAGAAGGAAGAGGAUCUUGCUCCACUUGUCGAAAUCAUUCGGCCGUUGAGAAUCGCGAACAUUUUGGAGAAUGUCGCGCAGCUCCGGCAUGUGCUCGAACAAGUUGCUUGCUCGGGCAAACCCCGAAGCACUUACUGGAAGGGCGAAGGAGCUAUACCAGAUCAUGUUAUCCAUGAAGUGGCAAAGACCUUAUCCCACGGUGACUGCACCUGGCUGUACUACGGUAUGGCAUAUGGUCCCAAGGAGAUCAGACAAUACAAGCUGGACAUCAUCCACAAGGAGUUCAUGAAGAUCCCGGGAGCUCGUCGAAUCGACCCGACCACUUUACCGAAAAACGACUAUUUCUGGUCCAGGGAUCGGAUCGCAGCUGGAAUCCCUGAUUUGGAGGAAUUGGCUUGGGUAAACUGGCACCCGAACGGUGGCCACAUAGCCUUUAGCCCCGUCUCCCCGGUUCGCGGUCCAGAUGCCACGGCGCUGUGGAAGCUUGCAAAGACUCGAUGUGGUCAGUACGGACUGGAGUUCUUCCCAACCUACUGUGUUGGAAUGCGCGAGAUGCACCUCAUUGUCGAGAUAGUCUUUGACAGAAACAACCCCACGAUGAGGCAGAAUGUGGACAAAUGCAUUCGCGCCAUGAUCGAUGAUGCAGCGAAAGCUGGCUACGGAGAAUACCGCACACAUCUUGCUUUGAUGGACCAGAUUGCGGGAACGUACAAUUGGAACAACAAUGCCCUCAUGCGAUUCAACGAGAAACUCAAAGACUGCCUUGACCCAGCUGGUAUCCUGGCUCCAGGAAAAUCGGGUGUUUGGCCUGCUCGCUAUAGAGGACGUGGGUGGGAGAUUGGCAAGGAAGGUCGCCAGUCCUCUGAAGGGGAUGGUGUUGCCCCGGCCCCCGGAUCAACGCGAUUGUAGAGACCGUACGAGCUUACAUUUUGCAAUUUGGGUUAGAGUCCGGAUACAAGAGGAAUUAUGCAUGUUAAGGUAGAUAGCUAAAUACGUCAAGUAGCUAUUGUACGCCCAAUAACGGAGUUAAAUCAGGUUCCCAACAUAAGCUGCCAGUCUUA